AUGGCACCGGUCCUUCCACGACAAUAUUACCACUACCCUUCGCCUCCUCGACCCCCGAAAGAAACACCAGGAACACCCGUCCCCGUUACGAAAUACAUCAGCAGGAAGGUUUUCCUACAGCUCUUCGCUGGUACCGUUUGCAUCUUCGUCCUUGGCGUCCUGUUCUGGAAGAUAGGCCGGUGUUUUCGACGGUUUACUCGGAAUAAGGUGCUCAAGAAGGGGAAGAAGGUUGACACUCGGUACGCGAGGACGUGGUAUGGUUGGGUACCGUUACAGCAACACGAGGCAGCCAAGAACGUUUUUCGGAAGUGUUGGAGGAAGAUCUGCGAGUGGACUUCUUGGAAAACGACUAGGGCUGAUUAUCAUUGGGUUUGGUGGGAUCCGGGACAAACAGCGCAUGAGGAGUAUCGUCAGAACAGGAGUCCUCCGCGAUGGGUACCGAAAUGGUUUAGGAGCAAGGAACACACAGCCGCGGAUACGAUUUGGAACCGUGGUCCUCCCUCAGAACGGCAUAAACGGAUCUCGAAAGAC